ACUUGUUCACGUCCCGCCAGGUGAUAAUGGAGGAAACAUUUUAGCAAACGGAACAAGACCACGCGAAGAAGCGGUGACGUUACGCAACACGUGCGCAUGACGGACACGAGCCCGUUCGCCUCCGCCAUGAACGGAGAGCCUGGGUCUUCAAGCACCAUCCGACCCAGUGUUUACACCUUGAAGAUGGAGGCAGACAGGCGUCUGCUGUCUUCACCCCAGAGGAAUUCUCAUUCUGCAAAGAGUCCAGGUUUCCAGAUGACAACUGGCUGCGGCAGCGUCCGAUGUACAAAUUCAAAAUCCGUCAGCAGACGCCCUGAGCAGAAUGUGGGCGGCCAUCUGCCUCGACCUGUGGAGUCAGAGGACGGUAAAGAGAGAAAAUACCACGCCAGCACCGACACAGGCUGGUUUCAGGCAGGUCUAGUAUUAAAGGCAGGCCUUAGACCGCGGUUCUAAGGGGGACCUGGACCUGACGGAGCUGAUCGGCGUCCCCCUCCCCCCCUCCGUGUCCUUCGUCACCGGCUUCGAGGGUUAUCCCGCCUACAGCUUCGGCGCGGACGCCAACGUCGGCCGCCUCGCCAAGUCCUUCGUGCCCGACCCGUUCUACCACGACUUUGGCAUCACGGUCACGGCCAAGCCGACCACGCGGCGCGGCGGCGUCCUGUUCGCCAUCACCGACGCCUACCAAAAGAUUGUCCACUUAGGCGUGGCGCUGUCUGAGGUGGAGGACGGCUCCCAGAGGGUGGUUCUGUACUACACCGACCCAGGAACCAGACGGACCCAGGAAGCGGCUUCCUUUAAGAUGUCGGACCUGACGGGACGCUGGGCCAGGUUUACUCUGACUGUUCAGGGCGCAGAGGUGCGACUCUACAUGGACUGCGAGGAGUACCACCGAGUCGCUUUCACCAGGAGUCCUCAGCCGCUGACGUUCGAAGCCAGCUCCGGGAUCUUUGUGGGCAACGCCGGGGGCACGGGUCUCACCCGAUUUGUGGGCUCCAUCCAGCAGCUGCUGCUCAAGUCGGAUCCCACGGCCCCAGAUGACCAGUGUGAGGAAGACGAUCCUUACGCCUCCGGAUACGGAAGUGGUGACGAUACGUACAGAAGCUUAGAGGAAGGAGACGAAGUGAAGAAGGUUGUUGAGGAGAGAGAUUACCCCAUGCCCUUUCCAGAUCUGGAGCCCUCUUACAGCACCAUGAUCAGCGCUCCACCCACAGAGAUGUCAGUGCCAGUGGAUGAUGAUGAUGAUGAUGAUAAUGAUGAAGACAUUGAGAUUUCUGGACAGGAGGACGAGGUCACCACAGUUAAAGUGCGGACGCCUCACGAAGCCACUCCAGCCUCUGUACCAGACACUGUGUCUUCAGGACGGAAAGGGGAGCCAGGUGAGCCGGGUCCAGCUGGUCCCCCAGGACCUACUGGCCCUCCAGGACAGGCCACAGGGCAGGAACCAGGACCGCGGGGGCCACAGGGGCCAGAAGGACCCCCGGGCCCUCCUGGAGAGCCAGGGAAAGAUGGACAACCUGGAUCGAAAGGUCAAACCGGCCUAAAUGGAGCGGCAGGUAUUCCAGGAUUUCCAGGCUUGCAGGGAGACCCGGGUCCUAAGGGAGAAAAGGGUGAUCCUGGAGUUGGGCAGCCUGGUGCUCAAGGACCUCCAGGACCUCCUGGACCUCCAGGCCUCAAGUCUUCCAUGUUCCCAGAGGGCUCAGGAUUUGAAGACUUUGACAGUGAUGCAGAGAUUUUUAGAGGCCCUCCAGGGCCACCCGGCCCCCCAGGGCCCCCAGGAACCCCAGCUGAGGGCAUCUUUUCAGGACAAGCUGGCAAAGAUGGGAAGGAUGGCGAGACGGGUGAACCUGGCCUCCCUGGAGUCGAUGGGAAAGACGGUGAUCCAGGACCUGCAGGAGAGAAGGGAGAGAAGGGAGAUCCUGGACUUAUUGGGCUUCCAGGACAGAAGGGUGAUCAAGGCCCUCCAGGGUUCCCAGGUCUUCCAGGAUCAGAAGGUCCUGAUGGCCAGCCUGGUCCCAGGGGUCCACCUGGGCCUCCGGGCCCUCCCGGAAAACCCCUUCCCUUUGACUUUGAGGAUUUGGAAGGAUCUGGGCUGCUGAGUGGCUUUGGAUCCGGAGGACCACAGGGACCUCCAGGACUUCCUGGCCUUCGAGGUCCAAAGGGGAAAGAUGGUUUUGAUGGUUCCCCAGGAAAACCUGGACUAAAGGGUGAGCCGGGUGUCGCAGGACCACCAGGGUUUCCAGGCAUCGAUGGGCAGAAAGGGGCAGAGGGAGCAAAGGGGGACAAAGGUGAUCUAGGACAAAAGGGUGAGGCGGGUCAGGAUGGACUAAGUCUUCGGGGGCCUCCAGGACCACCUGGACCACCAGGACCCAUCAUCAACCUCCAGGAUCUUCUGCUUAAUGACACAGAUGGUGCCUUCAACUUCUCGGGGAUCUUUGAAGCUCAGGGGCCUCCUGGUCCAAAGGGUGACAUUGGGUUGCCAGGCCUUCAAGGACCUCCAGGCCUGAAAGGGGAAAAGGGCGCUGCCGGGUUUGUCAUCACAGCAGAUGGAUCCAUAGUGUCUGGUCCAACAGGGCCCAGAGGAGUCAAGGGAGAUAACGGUGUUCCUGGACCACCUGGUGCUCCAGGACCAGUGGGACCAGCAGGACCCAAAGGAGAAUUAGGUUUUCCAGGGAGAAAUGGUCGUCCAGGCCUGACGGGGCCUAAAGGGGAGCGAGGGGACUCUGUGGGGCUUCCGGGACCUCCUGGACCUCCCGGACCACCUGGCCGCCCAGGAAUGUUCAACUGCCCCAAAGGAACAGUGUUCCCCAUCCCUCCCAGACCCCACUGCAAAGUGGUCCUUAAUGGUGGUGGAACCGUCUCAGUCGGUAACUGUCAGACGGGAGGGAAAGGAGAAAAGGGGGAGAGAGGCCUUCCUGGGAUGCCAGCUCCAUCCAACUCAUUUGUCUCCAGAGGAGACCUGGGAGUAAAAGGUGACCAGGGAAUUAAAGGGGAGAAGGGAGACAAAGGAGAAGCAGGGUUGCCAGGGCAACCAGGAAGACCAGGACUUGUGGGACCCAAAGGAGAGUCGGUGCUCGGGCCCCCAGGCCCACCUGGGGUGCCGGGCUCACCUGGCAUCCAAGGCUAUGGAAGAACAGGUCCUGUAGGUCCUCCUGGACCACCGGGGCCUCCAGGACCCCCUGGGCCACCCUCAAGAUACGGAUCAGCCCUGACCAUCGCCGGACCCCCCGGACCCCCUGGACCUGCUGGACCUCCUGGGUCUUUGAGCAAUGCAGCAUCUGUCAAAACAUUUGCAACGCGUGAGAGUAUGAUGCAGCAAACCAUGAGGAACCCAGAAGGAACUCUGCUGUACGUCACAUCAACAGGAAGCCUGUUCCUCAAGGUUUCCCAAGGAUGGAAAGAGAUACAGCUGGGAAAUAUGAUCUACCUCUCCAAUAACAUCAUACCACAAGAUGAGCCUCGCGUGGCGUAUCACGUACGAGGAGAGGUGAAGGAAAGGAUCGCUUCAGCGAAUGAAAGGCUCAACUUGGUGGCCCUGAACCAGCCCCACACAGGGGACAUGAUGGGGCUGGACAUGGCCGACCGCAUGUGCUACGAGCAGGCCAAGGCCAUGGGCCUGCCGCCGCACUACCGGGCCUUCAUCUCAUCCCACAGGCAGGACCUGGUCCACGUGGUCUAUCCCGGUUCCCGGGACACUCUGCCCGUCACCAACCUCAGGGGGGAUGUGAUUUUUAGGAACUGGCGGUCAAUUUUCAACGGCGACGGGGGCAGAAUCAAUCCCAGGAUACCGAUCUACUCCUUUGAUGGCCGCGACGUUUUAGUGGACCCGUUCUGGCCACAGAAGAGCAUCUGGCACGGCUCCACCAGCAGGGGCCUCAGAGUGGUGGACAAGCACUGCGAGACGUGGCACGCGGACCACAUGUCCGUGAUAGGCCAGUCCUCCAGCCUGACCUCUGGGCUGCUCCUGGGCCAGCAGACGCGAAGUUGUUCCAACGAGUACAUCGUCCUUUGCAUCGAGACCCACAAGAACCUUUGAGGUCCUGACCGCUCCCCAGUCUGGGAAAAGAUUUAAUUGUCCUUGUUGGAGAAGGACGUUGUUUUCAGCGUGUGUUUUUUUAUUAAAACACAGGACCACAUUUAGCACCACAUCUUCAUCAGCCUCAACCUCUCUCCUGAUCUGGCUCAACUGUCCAUUUUCUUGAGGAAGAAGACGAUUAAAAGGCCGUAACCAACUUCUUGCAAAGCAAGAUUCCCCAUAAAGGAAAAAGCCCUUUUGUGUCAUAAAGCAGACUGAAAGAUGGAGAACCUCUGGAGCCUGCGAGUCGUCUUAGUCGUAGCCACAUUCCUGUAGCAUGAUAAUGUGGUAAUGAGUUAUUACCAGCACCUUAGAGCCUAAUUUAAAACAAGCACACCCAGCUGCAACAAGUUUGCACCACUCCAUAGAAUUCAAACAUAACGGCUUCAAAUGGUCAGCCGUUGUUGAGGGUAAGACGUCGCUUCCAAAGGUGCAGGAAUCGGUGCCUGUCCUCAAAUGUGGUGACUUUCACUGGUGAUAGAUUAUUUUUUUACUCAUGGAGGAACAAAACGCCUCUUUCACUGUUUACAUCUUGCAGUUUUAGUGGAGGUUUACUCAUCAAGGGCUACAACCUUCCACUACUUUCCCCUCAUCCAACGCUGAACAACCAAACCUCCAGCGCUGCCACCGAAGUCAUUUCUGAUGCACUGUACUUCCUUUUUAAAGUACUUUCGCCUCCCACUUCGUCUUCCUCUGACGUGUUCUAGUUUUUUCUACAUCUCUGAUGAUCUCACUCUUCUGCAGCUUCUUAACUAUCUUAACAGGCUAUUUAAUUUAAAUGUCAUGAUUUAUUUAUACGUCACAGCACAUAACAUGAAAUCAGAUGAUUAAGUUUAAGAAUGUAAUUUAUCGUUUGUUUGUCAGAUUAGUUCUUUUCACCUUUUGCCUUUUUUGUACAUUUUUAGUUUAUAUAAAACAUUUCCAGAGAAUGUUGAUACAUGUGAACAAUCAACCUAUUGAUAUAAAAUAAUACCACAGAAAACACUAAAACUCAGAAGGCAAAAGUGAGAGGACAUGUUUUUGUAGAGUAUUUGUGCUUUGUGGAAUAAAGCUUUCUCUUUUCAUAAC